AAAAUGACGUCAUCGCAGUCGGGACCGCCCCUUACAGCUGAAGUCUGAAAGGAAAGUGAAAGUGACGCAGCGCACACAGAGGGACUGGAGAUACACACCAAUAACGCUUUUGUUUGAUGUAAAAACAAAACAAUCCCCUGUGCAUUAUCCGAACCCCCUACCCACCCUCCUGCUGUCUUUCUACAGGAUCAUUUGUCCAGGAUGGAAGAGAACAUGUCAUUCCAGGAUUUCUCUCUGGUCUCUGAAGAUGAGUCCUCAGACAACAUGCAAUUCAUUCAUGAUGAAAUCGAGAAGCUGAAGGGACGGUAUAAUGCCCUGCUGAACGAUCACAAGUUGUUGAUUGAGGCCAAAGACAAUAACAUCAGGUUUGCUCAGGAGUUCCAUCAACGAGCUGAGAAUAGAAAAAAGUGUCUGGAGGCCGAUAAGAUAAGCCAAGCCAAGGAUCUUCAGAAAGAGCAGGAAAGACUGGCAGAUCUGAAACAGGAGGAGAACAAACUGAAAAAAGAGCUUGGAAUAAUUCAGCAGGAGUUGGAACUAAUGGAUGAAACACACCAGAGCUUAAAGCAGCAGACUGAGGUGUCCACCGCAGUGCCGGAGAAGAAGGUGGUGUUUCAGGGUGAGACGGCUGAAGAAGGCGACGCGCUGAGCUUCGAUGUGAAGCCUCAUAUUGUGUACCCCAUGGAGGGAGGCACGGCAUUUAUCACCUUCGAGGAGGAAGAUGUUGCUGAGAAGAUCUUGGCUCUGAAGGACCAUGUGGUGCAGCUCGGGGAAUGCAGCAUCAAAGUGAGAGCCGAGCCGGUGCAGUUCCUCGUACCAUCCUGUGUCGAGAUGGACACUCAGGUUUGUCCUCGCCGCAUCCUGGUCUCCAACCUGCCCAAGAAAGAGUCUGUGGAGCGCGUCCUGGACAAGCUGGAGAUUCAUUUCUCCAAGUCAAAGCAUGGAGGAGGGGAAGUGGAGGAAUCUGUAAUGCUGGAAGAUUCUGGCAAUAUCAUCAUCACCUUCCUAGACACCAACAUUGCCAAGGGCCUUACAGAUAAACAGGUGCAUGAGGUUGAGAUGGAAAGAGGAAAGAAAUUCAAGGUGAAGGUCACACCGUUUCUCAACGGCGAGAUCACACUUCUCAAGACGGCUAACAUAACCUGCUCUAAGACCGUGCGGCUGACAGGAAUCCCCCCUGUGAUGGAGAAGGACAACCUGCAGGACCUGCUGGAGAUCCAUUUCCAGAAAUCUGCUAACAGCGGCGGAGAAGUCGACGCAAUCGUAUACAACCCCAUGGGCGAGAGAACCUUCGCUGUAUUCCAAAAGGACACUUCCAAAACCGAGUAGAACCGUAAAGGUGUUGCUGAUGUUCGGGAUUUAUGUAAUGGGAAUGUUAUGUCCAAUUUCUAUACUUAAAUUUUUUUUUGUUAGACAGAAUUUGUAUCUUUUGGUUAGACAGUAUUUAAACCUUGGUAGCAUUGACCUCAGGACAUUAUCACUUUUAGCAUGUUGGUCAUGUGACCUUCAUUAGCAUUUUAAGAUUGAAAGUUGGCGUCUAUGCUAAUGGCUGAAGAGCAUGCUAACUGGAAACAUUGGAAUAAGUGACAUUUGUUUAUUUUCUGUCUAUACUUUAGGUGAGUGGGUUGUACUUUCAGAUUGACUUGUUAGGCGGUAGGUGUCUGCAAAUAAAAAAAUGUAUAUAAAUAGA